UAGAAUGGAGACUUGGAAGAUAUUUUGGGGGAUCAUCCUCCUUGAAACUGGUUUUGGCUUCAUCAAGUCACAGAGUAUUGUCUGCAGGGAGGCCUCUCUGGGAGAUGUUGUGUUUCUGGUGGACGCCAACAUCAACCCCCAACAUGCACGCAGUGUGCGGAACUUCUUGUACAUUCUGGUAAACAGUUUCAAUGUCAGCAGCAAGACCAUCCGUGUGGGUCUGGCCCAGUAUAGCGAUGUGCCCCAUUCAGAGUUCUUGCUUUCCACCUACCACCGCAAAGCUGAUGUGUUGAGACACAUUCGGCAGUUUAAAUUUAAGCCUGGGGGCAAGAAGAUGGGCCUGGCCCUGAAGUUUAUUCUAGACCACCACUUCCAGGAAGCAUCAGGGAGCCGGGCAAGCCAAGGGGUACCUCAGAUCGCCAUGGUGAUCAGCAGUGGGCCAGUUGAGGACCACGUCCAUGGACCUGCGGAGGCAUUGAGGCAGGCAGGCAUCCUGCUUUAUGCUAUUGGCGUCAGAGAUGCAGUUUGGGCAGAGCUCAGGGAAAUUGCCAGUAGUCCUCAGGAGAAUUUUACCUCCUUUGUUCCUUACUUCUCUGGUCUGAGCAAUCUCGCCCAGAAGCUGCGGCAGGAGCUCUGUGAUAUGUUGGCAAAGGCAGCUCCACGUGUUGACCACGUCUCUCCAGCUUGCAGAGAAGCAGCCCUGGCAGACAUUGUGUUUCUAGUAGACAGUUCAACUAGCAUCGGACCCCAAAACUUCCAGAAAGUCAAGAACUUCCUUUACUCCGUCGUCUUGGGGCUUGACAUCAGCAGUGACCAUGUCCGAGUGGGACUUGCCCAGUAUAAUGACAACAUCUACCCAGCCUUCCAGCUGAACCAGCACCCUCUGAAGAGCAUGGUCUUGGAGCAGAUCCAGAAUCUGCCAUACCGCACAGGAGGCACAAACACAGGGAGCGCCCUGGAGUUUAUCAGGACCAACUAUUUGACUGAGGAGUCUGGCAGUCGGGCCAAGGACAGAGUUCCUCAGAUAGUUAUCCUGGUGACAGAUGGGGAGUCAAACGAUGAGGUACAGGAGGUGGCUGACCGGUUGAAAGAAGAUGGAGUUGUUGUGUAUGUGGUAGGGGUCAAUGUCCAGGAUGUCCAAGAGUUGCAAAAAAUAGCCAGUGAACCAUUUGAGAAGUUUCUCUUCAACACCGAAAACUUCAAUAUCCUGCAGGAUUUUUCAGGAAGUAUUCUUCAGACUCUGUGCUCAGCAGUGGAGGGUAAGAUAAAAGCAUGCACAACUGCUAUCCGGGCUGACUUAGUAUUCCUCAUUGAGGAAUUUAGCAGGGUUAGGCAACCCAAUUUCCAACAAGUUGUCAAUUUCCUGAAGACCAUUGUCAGUUCUUUAAGCAUUCAUCCUGAUACUGUGAGAUUUGGCUUGGUCUUCUACAGUGAGGAACCACGACUCGAAUUUUCACUGGACACAUUUCAGAAUCCAGCCAAAAUCUUGGAGCAUUUGGACAAAUUAACCUACCGGGAAAGAAGAGGAAGGACGAAGACUGGUGCUGCAUUAGAUUUCCUGAGAAACGAGGUUUUCAUUCAGGAGAAGGGCAGCCGGUCCAACCACGGUGUGCAGCAGAUAGCUGUGGUCAUCACGGAAGGCUUCUCCCAAGACAGUGUAUCUAGACCCGCUUCUCACCUCCGAAGGGCAGGCGUCACCAUCUAUGCAGUGGGCACCCAGAAUGUCUCAGAGAGUAAGGACCUGGAGAAGAUAGCAUCAUAUCCUCAUUGGAAGUAUUCAGUCCCUCUGGAAUCCUUUUUGCAGCUCUCCGUAGUACGAAGCAAGCUUAUAAACCAGCUCUGCUCUGAGAUGGUGGACAGUAAAGUUUCCUUUAGAGGGAUGAGCUAUCCCCUACAAGAAGGUUGUGUGCACGUCGAAAAGGCAGAUAUUUACUUCCUUAUUGAUGGGUCUGGCAGCAUCAAUCCACAAGAUUUUCUUGAGAUGAAGGCGUUCAUGAAAGAAGUGAUAAAAAUGUUCCAGAUUGGACCCAACAGAGUACAGUUUGGAGUCAUUCAGUACUCAGACAAAAUUCAAAGUCAAUUUAUCCUCAGCCAGUAUUCCAGUGUGGCAGAGCUGAAGGUAGCCAUUGAUAACAUCCAGCAGGGGGGAGGUGGCACCGCAACCGGUGAGGCCUUGAACAACAUGACUCAGGUUUUUGCAGACACUGGCCGAAUCAAUGUUGCUCGAUAUCUUAUAGUCAUCACUGAUGGUAAAUCUUCAGACCCGGUGGCUGAGGCUGCAGAGGGAUUGAGAGAAAAUGGAGUUAUCAUUUAUGCCAUUGGAGUAAGAGAAGCUAACAUUGAUGAGCUUAAGGAAAUAGCUAAAGACAAGAUAUUUUUUGUGUAUGAGUUUGAUUUACUGAAGGACAUCCAAAAAGAAGUGGUACAGGACAUCUGCUCUUCAGAGGCCUGUAAGACUAGUAAAGCUGACAUUAUCUUCCUAAUAGAUGGUUCAGAAUCCAUCUCCCCAGAAGACUUUGAAAAGAUGAAAAGAUUUGUGGCGAGCAUGGUGAACCAAUCUAAUAUUGGUACUGAUGGAAUUCAAAUUGGCCUUUUGCAGUUCAGCUCAAUCCCCCAGGAAGAAUUCAGGCUCAACCAAUACUCCUCAAAGGUGGACAUUUACAGUGCCAUCUUUGAUGUUCAGCAGAUGAGGGAUGGCACCCGCACUGGGAAAGCUCUGAAUUUCACUCUGCCUUUUUUUGACAGUUCAAAAGGAGGGAGACCCAGUGUUCAACAAUAUUUGAUUGUGAUCACCGAUGGGGUCGCCCAAGAUAAUGUAAUCAUACCAGCCAAAGCCCUCAGGGACAAAAACAUAAUUAUUUUUGCCAUUGGAGUGGGAGAAGCCAAAAAAUCACAGCUUUUGGAGAUCACUAAUGACGAGGACAAAGUGUACCAUGAUGUAAAUUUUGAGGCCCUGCAGAACCUGGAGAAGGAAAUUCUUUCUAAGGUCUGUGAUCCACAAGGAUGCAACCUGGAUUUGUCUGUAGGAAUUGAUAUCUCAACUCAUUCAAAGCAAGUUCAACAGAAGCUUCAAGGGUUACUGCCAGAGCUGAUGCAACAGUUGACUUUGCUUUCUAACAUCAGCUGUGGCAUUCCUGAUCAGAUCAACCCAAGAUUCCGCUACUUGGUUCCUGGCUCAAAUGGCAAACUUAUCUUUGACUCAGGCUUUGAAAAAUACAGUUAUGAGAUCAUCCAGAAAUUCUUGGUUCAUCAAGCUGCCAAGAAUAACAAUAUGGAUGUGAACUUUUUGCAGUCCUUGGGAGAUAAUGCUAUUCAUCUCUCUUCUGCUAAAGUAAAGGUUCUUUUAGUGUUUACAGAUGGACUGGAUGAUGAUUUAAAGAGACUGAAAAAAACAUCGGAGUUUCUCCACAGCAGAGGAUUCUCUGGACUCCUAAUCAUUGGCCUGGAAGGUGUCCAUAAAUUAGAAGAGCUCCAGGAGCUGGAAUUUGGCAGAGGGUUUGCAUAUAAGCAACCUCUGAGCAUCACACUGCAAUCCCUCCCAAGCGUCUUACUGAAGCAACUUGAUACAAUUGUGGAAAGAACAUGCUGCAAUAUAUACGCAAAAUGUUUUGGAGAGGAUGGGUACAGAGGUGAUUAUGGGAGUUCUGGGAGGAAGGGAGAGAAGGGUUUUGAUGGGUUACCCGGUCAUCCUGGUGAAGAAGGCAGAUAUGGAGAACGAGGCCCCCCGGGUCUUCCUGGACUCCGAGGUGAGGAAGGAUGCCCUGGUAUGAGGGGACCUAAGGGAGCAAGAGGAUUUUCAGGAGAGAAGGGCAACCCUGGUGAGGAAGGAGUUGAUGGCUUGGAUGGAGAACAGGGUAAUCGUGGAAUCCCAGGGUCAUCUGGAGAAAAAGGAAAUAGGGGAAAUCGGGGCUUGACGGGACCGCCAGGACAACCUGGAGAGCGUGGAGAGCCUGGAUUAAGGGGAGAUCCUGGGGAUCCUGGAACUAAUAGCUAUGUCCAAGGCCCUAAGGGAGAAAAAGGAAGGCGUGGGCAUCAGGGAAGUUCUAAUUUUGAUGGACCUCAGGGAGAACCUGGAAAUGUCGGCCCUUGGGGGACAAUAGGAAGGCGAGGUCUGCCAGGAUUAAAGGGUGUACCAGGAGAAUCCGGUGAACAGGGUUACCAAGGAGAGCUUGGGUAUCCAGGCUCACAGGGAUCAAGAGGAAGGCAAGGACCACCAGGAACUUCUGGACAAAAAGGCUUAGUGGGCGCUCAGGGGAAUCCUGGGCCUCCAGGGCCAAAGGGUUCAAAAGGAAAAGCUGGACCAAGAGGAGUGAAGGGAGAGCUUGGUGAUGCAGGAGAAAGAGGCCCACAGGGUCGACAAGGACCAAGAGGGCAACCUGGUCUUCCUGGUUCUGAUGGAUAUGGACAUCCAGGAAGAAAAGGAACAAAGGGUGAACGUGGAUUCCCUGGCUAUCCUGGUGUCCAAGGAGAAGAUGGUGACCUGGGCCAACAAGGAGAAAAGGGGGCAAAGGGAAUAAGAGGGAAGAGGGGUAAUGCUGGCUUUCCUGGAUUAGUUGGAACUUUAGGUUACCAAGGCCCACCAGGACAAAUGGGUAUCAAGGGCCCCAAAGGUUUGGUAGAAAUGACGCCUUGCAAAAUUGUUGAUUUCACGCGUGAAAACUGCCCUUGUUCAAGAGGUAUUUCCAAAUGCCCAGUGUUCCCAACCGAAGUGGCCUUUGCCUUGGACAUGUCAAAUGAUGUCUCCCCGUUGGAUUUUGAGAGGAUGAGAAACAUUUUAUUGUCUCUGUUGAUGAAGAUUGAAAUAAGUGACAGUAACUGCCCAACAGGUGCCCGUGUGGCCAUUGUUUCCUACAAUGCCAAAACCAAUUACUUGGUUCGUUUCUCAGACUACAAGGAGAAGGCUGCACUCCUGGAGGCUGUCAGGAACAUCCCCCUGGAGCACUCAUCUGGCCGCAGGAACCUUGGGGCCACCAUGAAGUUUCUGGCGAGACACGUGUUCAAACGUGUACGCUCAGGUCUUCUCAUGAGGAAGGUGGCUGUGUUCUUCCAGGCGGGCUGGGCCUAUGAUGCAGCUUCCAUCAAUACAGCCACACUGGAGCUUGCUGCAGCGGACAUCAUCCCCGCGGUCAUCACCUUCACAAAGGGGCACAACCUCCCAGACACUCUGCUGAUGGAUGGAACCAACAGAUUUUACUUGUUCAUCUGGGAGACAGAGCGCCAGCAGGAUGUGGAGCAUGUGGCUCGCUGCAUUCUCUGCUAUGACAAAUGCAGACCAGAUGCAGAAUGCCCGGCUGGCGCGCCGGGGCCCCAGGAGGUGGACGUGGACUUGGUGUUCCUGGUGGACAGCUCCUAUGGAGUGGAUGCCGACGUGUACCGCGGGUCUUUGAGUCUAGUGGAUGCCACGCUAGAAGACCUGGAGGUGGCUGAGCAGCCCAGCGCGUCCCACCGUGGGGCGCGCGUGGCCCUGGUGAUGCACACGACACCCAACUUCUGGCCGGGUGUGGGUCGCCGCCCUGUGCUCGAGGGCUUCCGCCUGACUACCUUUAGCAACCGGAAGCAGAUGCAGAGACUUGUGCGCGAAGCUGCAGCCCACCCCUUGCAGGGAACCCCCGCCCUGGGCCACGCCCUGGAGUGGACGCUGGAGAAUGUGCUCCUGGCAGCCCCUCUGCCGCGGAAGGCACAAGUCCUCUUCGCCAUUGUGGCCAGCGAGACAAGUAGCUGGGACAGGGAGAAGCUAUGGACUCUGUCACUGGAGGCCAAAUGCAAGGGCAUCACUCUCUUUGUGCUGGCCUUGGGUCCGGGUGUGGGGACGCAUGAGUUAGCCGAGUUAGCCGAGCUGGUCAGUGCCCCCUCUGAGCAGCAUCUACUGCGCCUACAAGGGGUCUCGGAGCCAGAGGUUAACUACGCUCGGGGAUUCACUCGGGCCUUCCUGACUCUCCUAAAAAGUGGGACAAACCAGUACCCACCCCCAGAACUCACCGAAGAAUGUGGGGGCCUACACCGUGGGGACACUCUGCUGCAAUUAGUCACGCCUGUCAACAGGUUGCCCAGGCACCAGUUUGGUAUGUCUGGCUUGGCUGAUGAUUUGGAAGCACUUGAAGCAACAGGCAUUUUUGUAGAAGAGAAGAGAAAAGACAUGACAACAGCUAUAACUCAGCAAGAAGUGCUUGAAAAUUAUGAAAAUAACAAAUAUGACAUUGAAGAAAACGAACAAGAAACACCAGCAAAACAAAAAGAAACUGGAAAAGAAAUAAAUGCAGGCACUACCUAUGGUAAAAACCAAACUACUUUUUGGCUCUUAAGUUGGAUUAAUUUUUUUCAUUUUUAACUUUUUCUUUAAAAAAAAAUCCUGUGCACUGUGUUAGCAUGCAAUUUUUUUUAUACACUUUGCUUACAAAUCCACAGGUUCAUGUAUGCAGCUAAAGAAAAUAGCUUAAGAAGGCAAACAGAGGCUAACUUUCACCUGCUGU